AUGAUUCCAUCUAAGACACUAAAAACCUUAUAAUCAACUAAGACAUUAUAUCAAAAAGACUCUCCAAAAAUGAAAAAGACAUAAAGUAAUUAUGUAUUAUCCAAUAAAACUUAAAGUCAAAAACUCAAAACAACUGGUUACAGAAAUGAUUCAAUUAGAUUAAACAACUCUAUCAAUUAUCUUUAAGAGAAUACAAAAACAUUUCAUUCAUCUUUGUGUAUUCCUUUCAAUAUAGACGAAACAUAAAAUAAGAAUGAGAUGUUGAUUAAAAAGCAAUUAAUUAAUGAAUUAAAUAAAAAAAUAUCUCAAUUAGAAUUACAUAAUUCAGGUUUACAAUAAACUAACCAUUAAUUGCAAAAUGAUAUUUUAAUACUUAAUCAAACAAUAGAAUAAAUUUGUAACCAACUUUAAAAACAGAAAGAAUUAUUUGAAAGUUAAAAAUUACAAAUAAAUGAACUAUAAAAUAAUUUAUCUCUUAAACAAUAAGAAUUAUAAUAAUAAAAAAAUGAAAACUUUAAAUUAAUAACUUUUCUCAAAAUAAGUAAACAUAAAAAUGGAAAAGAAAAUUGUCCAGAAUCUACUCAAUAUGAUUAUUAAGAAUAAAUUAAUUUGUUGAAAGAUUAAAUUCAUAAAUAAAAAUAAUCAUUUUCAUAAACAGAAUCUAUACUCUAAAAUUAAAUUAAAACAUUAACUUCUUAUUUUAGUGAAUUCUUUUUUAAAACCAAUAGUCAGAAAAAGUAAAUAAAUUAAUAACUAUCAUCUCAAAAUGAAACUGAUGUUUUCUAAUUAUAAUUUAAAAAUCUCGAAGAUGAAUUAGUAAAAUAUGAUGAAAAAUUUUAAUCCUUUUAAUUAACUUUAAAUAAGUUAACUGAUAAAUAAAUUAAUACAGCUGUCGAAAAUGCUAAUCUAUCAAAUACCAAAGAAAUUUCUAAACUUAAAUAAAUAAUUUAAAUAUAAAAAAAAUAAAUUGAACUACAACAAAAAACUAUAUUGAAUUAUCAUUUUGAAAUUUAAAACCUUUAAACUCUAUUAUAUNAACUAUAUACUUUAUUAAAUCAUUUACUCUUCUUUCUUGAUGAAAUCUUGAAUUGUUUUUUGUAAUUCUUCAAAUGUCCAUAAAUCAAUAUCUUGGCUUCCAUUUUACUUGAUUUAUUCACAAUAAACCUGGAAUGCAAUAGUAUCAUAUCCUGCAUCAACUAUUUAAGACAUCAAUAUAUCUUAUUUUCUCUAUCUUUCUUAUUCUAUGUCCUACAUUUUAUUAAUAAUAUUAAUUAAUCGUUAAUGAUUCCAUCUAAGACACUAAAAACCUUAUAAUCAACUAAGACAUUAUAUCAAAAAGACUCUCCAAAAAUGAAAAAGACAUAAAGUAAUUAUGUAUUAUCCAAUAAAACUUAAAGUCAAAAACUCAAAACAACUGGUUACAGAAAUGAUUCAAUUAGAUUAAACAACUCUAUCAAUUAUCUUUAAGAGAAUACAAAAACAUUUCAUUCAUCUUUGUGUAUUCCUUUCAAUAUAGACGAAACAUAAAAUAAGAAUGAGAUGUUGAUUAAAAAGCAAUUAAUUAAUGAAUUAAAUAAAAAAAUAUCUCAAUUAGAAUUACAUAAUUCAGGUUUACAAUAAACUAACCAUUAAUUGCAAAAUGAUAUUUUAAUACUUAAUCAAACAAUAGAAUAAAUUUGUAACCAACUUUAAAAACAGAAAGAAUUAUUUGAAAGUUAAAAAUUACAAAUAAAUGAACUAUAAAAUAAUUUAUCUCUUAAACAAUAAGAAUUAUAAUAAUAAAAAAAUGAAAACUUUAAAUUAAUAACUUUUCUCAAAAUAAGUAAACAUAAAAAUGGAAAAGAAAAUUGUCCAGAAUCUACUCAAUAUGAUUAUUAAGAAUAAAUUAAUUUGUUGAAAGAUUAAAUUCAUAAAUAAAAAUAAUCAUUUUCAUAAACAGAAUCUAUACUCUAAAAUUAAAUUAAAACAUUAACUUCUUAUUUUAGUGAAUUCUUUUUUAAAACCAAUAGUCAGAAAAAGUAAAUAAAUUAAUAACUAUCAUCUCAAAAUGAAACUGAUGUUUUCUAAUUAUAAUUUAAAAAUCUCGAAGAUGAAUUAGUAAAAUAUGAUGAAAAAUUUUAAUCCUUUUAAUUAACUUUAAAUAAGUUAACUGAUAAAUAAAUUAAUACAGCUGUCGAAAAUGCUAAUCUAUCAAAUACCAAAGAAAUUUCUAAACUUAAAUAAAUAAUUUAAAUAUAAAAAAAAUAAAUUGAACUACAACAAAAAACUAUAUUGAAUUAUCAUUUUGAAAUUUAAAACCUUUAAACUCUAUUAUAUAAAAGUGAAUAUGAAAGUAUUACUGAAUUUAAAAGAACCAGUGUUAAUAAUAAUGAUUAAUUUAUCACUUAAGAAUUUGAAAAUUCACCAAAUGAUGAAAUGUAAUAUCAAUUAUUUCUAAUAAUUUAGUUACCAUUUAAACGAUAGUUAAAGUGACAUAAAGCCAAAAUGCUUUUUAGAUAGUAUUUAAAAUACCCUCUAAAAAAUUUAGGUCAUUACAGAAGAAAGCACUUUUAGAUAUUGA